AUGUAUGGCAGGCUACCAUUGGUGGAACUGUUCAACACCGUGUCCCGGCUAUGGAAAAAUGUAGCCCCGGUUUCUUUGGAAAAGACUGUCGUGCAAAAUGUUCUUAUCCAUAUUUUGGGGAAGACUGUCAGGAACGAUGUGAUUGUGACGAAAGACUGUGUGACGUAUCUACCGGAUGUCUUGUUGUCACAACAGUACAUACAUCAUGUAGCCCAGGAUACUUUGGUACAAACUGUAGGGGAAAAUGUUCCUAUCCUUAUUACGGUGCGGAAUGUCAAGGUCAAUGUGACUGUGAUAAGGAGUUAUGUGACGUAUCUACCGGAUGUAUCGCUAUUACAACAGUUCAAGCAGGAUGCAUCCCCGGGUACGUUGGUGAAAACUGUCGAGGAAAAUGUACGUAUCCUUAUUACGGUAUGGAUUGUCAAAAUCAGUGCGACUGUGAUGAGAACAGAUGUGAUUUCUCAACCGGAUGUACAAAUUUUACAAAAGGUAUUGCAUCACCUUGUACACUAAUCGUUAUUAAUAACAAGCUAUAUUUUCAAAUGAUCAAAACUUUUUUUUAUUUAUAGAAUUAUUAAUAUUUGUUGAUGAAUGUUUGCCUAUAGAGAUGUAUUUUACAAGUAUGACAUAGCAACUACAUCCUGAAACCAAUAACACAAAGAGUGUUCUAGAAAUGAAAGGACCAUAAAACGUGCCAGGUUAUCAUUAUGUUGAAACAUUCAUAUAGG